AUGGCACAAGAAAGAGUCACUAGCUACAACAAGAACAAAUCACCUGUCUCAGCUGGAGAAGGAAUUCAAACUGAGGGGGGAUUUGUAGCCGUCAUAUCAGGAGGCCUCGCCUCGGGACAAAGAGACUAUGCUCGGAGACUAGGGCAAGAGCCUUUUGUUGCUAGUUGGUUUGGUUCACUUGCUCGUUUCAUUGGUGUCCGCGCUUCAAUUAGACGGAUAGAUGAAAUUCUCGGUCAUUUGAGCAAGAAUGCUUUUGAUAGAACAUAUACCCGUUGGGUUUGGCAUGGGGAAAACUUUGAAGGAACUCGUACAAGUGAUUCUGGGAACGAUGUUCAUGAUGUUCAUGAAGGUCCUGAUGUUAAUGACAUCCCUAAUGCUAAAGAGGGUGAUAGGUUAGGAGACAUGAUACGUGCAUCUCAAGAUAAGUUCGCUGAAAAUCCUGCCACAUUUGAGGGGGUGUUAAAAGAUUUCGAAACACCCUUAUAUCCAGGUUGCAGCAAGUAUACAAGAUUAUCUAGUAUACUUAGAUUAUAUAAUGUGAAGGCAUGUCAUGGUUUAACGGAUCAAUGUUUUGAUGAAGUACUUGAAGUUUUCAAAGACAUGCUUCCUGAUGAUAAUGUCUUGGCAAGUGGUGCAUAUGAGGCUAAAAAGAUAUUGAUCCCGAUGGGCUUGCCAUACGAGAAAAUUCAUGCUUGUCCUAACGAUUGCGUACUCUAUCGAAAUGAGCGUGAAUCAUUAAAGAAUUGCCCAGUAUGCAAUGCCUCGCGAUACAAGGAGAAGGAAGGAGUGUCGGCUAAGUGGAGGUUUAUUGAUGGAAAAUACCCCGAGUUUCGUAAAGAAAAACGGAACCUACGCCUUGCACUUUCAACUGAUGGUAUGAAUCCAUUUGGUUCUCUUAGUAGCAUGCAUAGUACUUGGCCAGUGAUUUUGGUUACUUACAACCUACCACCUUCGUUCUGCAUGAAAAGAAAGUACAUGAUGCUUACAUUGUUAAUUUCCAGGCCAAAACAGCCGGGAAAUGACAUUGAUGUGUACUUGGCUCCCCUCAUUGAUGAUUUGAAGAUAUUAUGGGAAAAAGGUGUCAGAGUUUUUGAUGCGCAUCAAAAUGAGACCUUUAAUCUGAGAGCAAUGUUGUUUUGCACCAUCCAAGAUUUUCCGGCUUAUGGUAAUCUUUCUGGGUAUACUGUGAAAGGGAAAACUGCUUGUCCCAUAUGUGAGGAUCGUAUGAAGGGAAAGUGGCUAAAGAAUUCUAAGAAGAUGGUUUACUUUGAUCAUCGUCCAUUUUUUCCCUGUGAUCAUCCAUACCGCAAGCAAAAAAAGGCUUUUAAUGGGAAACAAGAAUUCAAAAAACGUCCAAGAGACUUGAGUGGGGAGGAGGUGUUUCAAAAGGUUAAGGACAUCCAGAUAACCUUUGGGAAGAAAUCUAGAGCAGGUAUUUCUAAGCAGGGGUACAAGAAAUGUUCUGACUUCUGGCGCUUACCCUAUUGGAAACACUUAUUUGUCAGACAUUGUUUAGAUAUAAUGCAUAUUGAGAAGAAUGUGUGUGAUAGCUUGAUUGGCACACUGUUGAAUGUUCCUGGGAAGACAAAAGACGGUGAAAAUGCUCGAUAUGACUUGAAGGAUAUGGGAAUUAGAAGUGAACUCCACGUUGUUGAGGGAAAACCCAAGAAAUACCUUCCUCCCGCAGCUUAUACAUUGUCACGAAAAGAGAAAAAAGUGUUAUAUGAAUCCUUAGCUGGAGUGAAAGUUCCAGAGGGUUUUUCUUAA